AGACAGCGAGCGUGCGCCAACAGGCAAGUGAAACAGGCGCGAUUCAAGAUCCGGGGAUGGCGACCCUGCGCCCGAUGCUUCACUCGCCCCUGGCUCGCACUCUCUAUGAACGCCUUCUUCGCGACCAGGACCUGGAGCGCCUGGACAAGAGACAGUGGUACAGCAUUGACACAGAUCAGCUGACGGACGAGUUUCUGCUGCAGAGCUUCGUGCAAUGUGAGCUUGAUGCUGAUACGCGGGCCUUUCUUGACCGGAGCACAGAGAAGUCCAACUGGCUGGGCACCCAGAUCCUCCAUGCCGUGGCCAGGCUUUUCCUAGGGUGGUUUCUCACAAAGACUACACUUAAUGGGUUCUUGGGGCGUGGCUCAAUGUUUGUCUUCUCGAUGAGCCAGUUCCUGCGGCUUCUGCGCCUAGGGGCGGACUCGCCGAAGUUGCCGCUCUUCGGCUCACUACUGGACGUGGGUGCGGGCGACGGCAACGUGACGGCAGCCAUAGCGCCUCUGUUCGGCCAGGUAGACGUGACCGAGAAGUCGCCGUCCAUGCGACGCGUGCUGAGUCGGCGUGGAUUCCGAGUGUUGGACGCUGCGACGCUCAGGCCUGCCGAUGGAGACGACGACGGGGAAGAGCAACUGUACGACGUGGUCUGCUGCCUGAACGUGCUAGACCGCUGCGAGACUCCGCUGGGACUGCUGCGCACGCUCAGGGCUCGGCUUUCAAACCCCUCGGGCAGGCUGGUGCUUGCGCUGGUGCUGCCGCUGUCGCAGUACGUAGAGUCCGGCAAGUGCGGCGCCAAACCGCUCGAGACACUGUACGUGCGCGGUUCGACACUGGAGCAGCAGGUCCAGUCGCUUUACAAGGACGUGUUGGUGCCUGCUGGGUUCAUCUUGGAGUCCUGGACCCGACUUCCCUACCUCUGUGAGGGCGACCUCGAACAGGCCUAUUACUGGCUGGACGACGUCGUCAUGGUGCUCCGAGCUGCCGACACGCAUGGAGAUGGACCGUCCUGACGCGUUACGCUGUCUAGAACCGAUAGCAUCUAGAACAUCAUUAUUCAAUACAUGGCGCACCGCAGCCUUACUCUUGCAGCAGCUGGGCUUUUUUUUUUCUUUUUUUUUUUAAGUGAAGUGCGGAUGUAGGUACCAGGAGGCAACGGCAGAGGUUUUUUUUUUUUUUUUUCAUUGUGCCGAUAGUUGUACUGUAGAGUUUCCUAGAUCGAUUACUAGAGGGAACUCUGGCGCUAGUGUAUAUGCGAGCUGCAAGCGUGACGGUUCAGCCAGCAUGGGAAUUGUGUGCAGUACGUGGACUUGCCUAAACUUUCACCUUAUUGCUUCAUACGGGUUUUUUACUUUAAAAACCGGUUAUUUACAACUAUAUAUUAGGCCAUAAAUGCAACUGUUUGUAACAAUAUGCACGUGCACAGAUACUAAUUGCCUUCACGCUUUCAGAAAAUACGAACGCUCAGGUACUUAGCAAGAUAGUGGGGUAGUACCGAUGUUGCCUCCUCUACUGAUGCCUAGAUUUAGCAGCAUUUAAAAAGAUGAAGUGUCAGACAAAAAUAGUUUUUAAUGUAAAAAUGUACUAUUGUUACUAGUAGUGAUCUAUAUUUGCCUUCUUCGACGUUAACAAGCACAAGCGCCUUCUAUAUGAUCAAUCAGUAAUCGUUCGGGUUUUUUUUUUUUCCUGCAGGACAACUGCAGUGAUGUGAUUGCUGCGCCAAUUGGGCCAAACUGUGCCAAAAGGUGUUACCUGCUACAUCCUGCUACAUUUCGGCAGAAAUCUCAUCAUUUUUGCCGAGCGUGCUCCAAGACAUCAUUUCUGCAGUCUUUCGGAGAGAAAAAAAGAAAGAAAGAUGGCAGGCGCUCGGAUUACAUACUUAAGUUAUCGUUGCAAUAUUGUGGUCAUUGGAGCAGACAUGCGAGAGCUGUGUAGUUAUAAAAAAUCUCUCAGGGCCAACAACUAUGUACUAAACAGAGAAUAUUAUUUCAUUGAGCUCAUGGCGUUGAGCAAGUAAAUCGCAGUUACCACCCAAUUCUUGAUUGAGCUUACAAUGAUGUUCAUCCCUCACCAUCAUUCGUGCUAUAACUUUGCCCAUUGCGACCAUCUUGCCCAGCAGCAAAGACAUGCACACAGUAUCUCGUAAAUGGUGACUUUACACUGAAGCACGUGCCCUGCCGUAAACUUUCGCUUAGAUAAAUAGAUGGCGGCACGCGAAAUAAUGUAAGCUGGUAGGUUGGGCAAGAGCUUGAUGUACUGACCCAGACAGUGACACCGGGGAGGGGGGAAGUGGAAUCUGAAUUUGCCAUGUAUACCUAGUGUGCACAUACGUCACCGAGAGGCGA